CCUGGCCUUCCGUUAUUGAGGAUAAUCACCUUCACCUCUUACCUACUCUUCGGAGUCCAAAAUUGAUUCCGACAGCAAACCUAUGCCAUCUUCAACUUCAAAUUCGAUCUUGACCUUGGGCCUCCCAGUCGUCUAUGCUUUCUCCGUCUAUCCCCCAAACUUGAAUACUUCUUUGUACGUUUCAGCUUCAACUUGUUCCAGCUUCUCCUAACCCGAUCUCCACAGUCCUCCUACCAACAUAAGCUCAGGAUGAUAACACCGAUAUCUAAGAAUAUAGACCAAUCAGACCAAGCUAAAGCGACAAUCUUCAGGUGUCUAUCAGCAUCAACAUUAUAAUGCUCUCCAAGACUCCCUCCCACACCAACCAACAAGACACCACCGCAUCCUCACCAAGCACAAUCGUCAUUGGCGACCACACCUGCAUCAACGUCCCCAUGCUCAGCGUUGCAUACAUGAACGCCCAAACCGGCGCAUGGGAACGCUACCAAUGCAACAACGGAAGCAAAAAAGCGCUCAAAGACACCGGUAGCGUCACUUCCGUAAAGGACAGACAGCUCGCAACUCGGGGCUUGGUCUCUUGUAUGGACAUCAACCUCAUUUCUUCUACCGGCGUCAUAAAAACACACAUUCCUCCUUAUAUGUGCCCAACGCUACCAGGAUACGUCGGGAACGCUCCGUUGCCAGGGCGGAAAGAUAGGAUCAACAUUGCUGCGUUCAAGAUAGCGCUUAAAACAUUGUUGAGUGAGCAUAGAGAGGAGCUUGGGAGAUUCACGGUCGAGGUGGUGGUUGGGUAUUGGGCUAGUCCGGCGAAUGUGGUGUCGGUGUUGGAUCAGUUGUUUGAUGUUGAUUCGUGCAAGGGGACGACGUUAUCGACUGUGAAUGGAGGGACGGCUGUUUCGGGGACCACGAGAGUUGAUUUGAGUGAGGGCAAGCCGAGGUUCUUUUGCGAGGAGGUGGAGAGGGUUAUUGACGUCCCAAGACGCGAGGAGAGAGGUUCCAGCGAUGUAUGUGGGUUGUGGGGCUGUUGAAGAAGCGGUUGGCGGUGUCUGAAGUACGUAGGUACUUGCUGACCUUCAAAGGUACAUCUCCUUGGAUGGCUAAUGGAUGCUCAACCAGGUCAUCACGUCUCCUUUUCGCUCUUCUCUAGUGACCACAAAGUGCAAUGCACUAAGCUUCAGCUUCGCUCGUUUCUCAAUCCGUUCAAAAUCUCUUUUUUCCCACCCCAAUUC